AUGGGGGCAGAAAAGCACGACGAUGAUUGCUCGCUUGAGAACUCGUCCUCUCGCGUUGAGGCUCACAACAGCGAUGUAGUCGACCAAGAAAAGGCGGUGGUGGAGCAAGAGAAGGCUGCGUUUGCACAGGCACCUUUUCCAACGCAAAUGGCGCCGGAGCCUGCGCCGGCACUACAACGAAAGGACUCGAAAGGCUCAAAAGAUUCAGCAAAAGCGGAGGACGAUGAACAAAAAGACCAAGACCUGCUUGCGCAUCUCCCAGAGCACGAGGCGGCGAUACUGAGAAGACAACUCGAGGUGCCACCAGUGAGCGUCAAGUACACAAUGCUCUAUCGAUAUGCUACGAGAAACGAUCUUAUAAUCAUCGGGAUCAGUUCGAUUGCUGCAAUCGCAGCAGGAGCAGCGCUGCCGUUGAUGACCGUCGUCUUUGGCUCCCUGACAGGCACUUUCCAGGGCUUUUUUCAAGGCACUGUCACUGGUUCUGAUUUCUCCUCGGAGAUCAGUAAAUUGACACUGUACUUCGUGUAUCUGGGAAUUGCGGAGUUCGUGGCUACAUAUAUCGCGACAGUAGGCUUCAUUUACGCGGGAGAGCACAUCUCCGGCAAAGUCAGACAGCACUAUCUGGCCAGCAUCCUGCGACAAAACAUAGGCUAUUUCGAUAAACUGGGAGCUGGAGAAAUCACAACUCGCAUUACGGCUGAUACGAACCUCGUCCAGGACGGCAUAUCUGAGAAGGUCGGUUUAACACUGACCGCAUUGGCAACAUUCAUCGCGGCCUACGUGAUUGGAUACAUCAAAUACUGGAAACUGACACUGAUUCUCACGUCAUCUGUCGUGGCCAUCUUCCUUACCAUGGGAGGCCUUGGUCAGUUCAUUGUAAAAUGGAGCAAGGCCUCGUUGGCUUCUUACGCAGAAGGUGGAACCGUGGCCGAGGAAGUGAUCAGCUCUGUUCGCAACGCUAUCGCGUUUGGCACACAGGAUAAAUUAGCAAAGGAGUAUGACAAGCAUUUGGCCAUUGCAGAGAAGGCAGGAUUCAGGACAAAAGCAUUAACAGGUUCCAUGAUUGGCUUCCUAAUGUGCUACGUCUACCUCACCUAUGGCUUGGCCUUCUGGAUGGGCAGUCGGUUCAUUGUCAGUGGCGAAACCACUCUUCAAAGUGUCAUCACCAUUGUCAUGUCGAUCAUGAUCGGAGCUUUUGCACUGGGCAACGUCGCACCGAAUGUCCAGGCUUUCACGACUGGAGUUGCCGCAGCCUCCAAGAUCUACAGCACCAUUGAUCGUGUAUCGCCACUCGAUCCUACAUCUGAGGACGGCAUCAAGCUUGAUCAACUGAAAGGCGUUGUUGAGCUGCGCAACGUCAAGCACAUCUACCCUUCUCGACCGGAGGUCGUGGUCAUGGAGGAUGUCAGCCUGGUAGUCCCCGCUGGCAAGACCACAGCGCUGGUAGGAGCUUCUGGUUCCGGCAAGAGCACGAUUGUAGGCCUCGUCGAACGAUUCUAUGACCCAGUCGGAGGGACAGUAACGCUUGAUGGACAUAACGUCCAGGACCUUAAUCUUCGUUGGCUCCGACAGCAGAUCAGUCUUGUUUCCCAAGAGCCUACACUUUUCGCCACAUCCAUCGCUGGCAAUAUUCGGCAUGGACUGAUUGGCACUGAUGCGGAAAACCUGCCAGAAGACAAGAUUCGAGAACUCAUCGAGAACGCCGCGAAAAUGUCCAACGCACACGACUUCAUUUGCCAAUUGCCUGAGGGAUACGAGACCAAUGUUGGCGAGCGAGGUUUCCUCCUGUCAGGAGGUCAAAAACAACGUAUUGCCAUUGCCAGAGCCAUUGUGAGCGAUCCUAAGAUUCUUCUGCUCGAUGAAGCCACCUCAGCGCUCGACACGAAGAGCGAAGGAGUAGUCCAGGCUGCUUUGGACAAGGCCGCACAAGGACGAACUACCAUUGUGAUCGCUCAUCGUCUCAGCACUAUCCGAGAUGCCGACAAUAUCGUAGUGAUGCAACAGGGCCGUAUUGUCGAGCAAGGCACUCACGACGAGCUAUUGGAAAAGAAUGGCGCAUAUGGUAGUCUGGUAGAGGCUCAGAGAAUCGCCGCAGAAAACGACCAGGGUGGCUCAGAAAGCGAGGAAGAAGAAAUUUUCGACGAGAAGGAUGACAAGUUGUACACAUCUUCGAGCACCGAUCUUGCGAAGGAUCCUGACGACCUCAAACUUGCUCAAACCAGGACUCAGAAUUCCGUCUCAAGCAAGGUACUCGCAAAGAAGGAAGAGCGCGCUGCACUGAAGUACUCACUGUGGACCUUGAUCAAGGUGGUCGGCUCUUUCAACAAGACCGAAUGGCAGUGGAUGCUGUUCGGUUUGUUCUGGUCCGUCAUCUGCGGCGGUGGUAAUCCUGUUCAGUCCGUCUUCCUCGCGAAGUCCAUUACUUCGCUGUCGCUUCCUCCCAGUCAAUACGGCACGCUUCGAUCAGAAGCCAACUUCUGGUCGUGGAUGUACUUCAUGCUGGCCAUGGUUCAGCUUCUGUCUUAUUUCGGGCAAGGCAUUGCCUUUGCAUGGUGCAGCGAAAAAUUGGUCCGCAGAGCCCGCGACAAGUCUUUCCGUACCAUUCUGCGACAGGACAUUGCUUUCUUUGACAAAGAGGAGAACUCCGCUGGCGCGUUGACAUCUUUCCUCAGUACGGAAACUACCCAUCUCGCUGGUAUGUCUGGUGUUACACUCGGAACGCUUCUUCUGGUCACCACUACUCUGAUCGUCGGCUUUGUUAUCGCAUUGGCCGUCGGAUGGAAGCUAGCAUUGGUGUGUAUCGCCACAGUACCAGUCGUGCUAGCCUGUGGCUUCUUGCGUUUCUGGAUGCUCACGAGAUUCCAAGCGCGUGCAAAGAAAGCCUACUCCAAGUCUGCUUCUUAUGCCUGCGAAGCAACCUCGGCCAUUCGCACUGUCGCUUCGUUGACUCGUGAGCACGACGUGUGGAACCAUUACCAUGAGCAGAUCGUCGAUCAAGAGAAGUCUUCACUCCAGUCGAUCAUCCGCUCUAGCUCACUCUACGCCGCCUCGCAGAGUUUGAUGUUCUUGUGUAUUGCCCUCGGCUUCUGGUAUGGAGGCACCCUCAUUGGCAGUGGCGAGUACAGCAUGUUCCAAUUCUUCUUGUGCUUCUCCGCCGUCAUUUUCGGAGCACAAUCUGCUGGCACCAUCUUCAGUUUCGCACCCGAUAUGGGCAAGGCCAAGCAUGCUGCACACGAGAUGAAGACUUUGUUCGAUCGCAAGCCAGAGAUCGAUACCUGGGCUACUCAUGGUGAUGAUAUCGCUGAUGUGGAAGGAGACAUCGAGUUUCGCGACGUGCACUUCCGCUAUCCUACCCGGCCUGAGCAACCUGUACUUCGUGGUCUGAAUCUAUCAGUGCGACCUGGUCAAUACGUGGCUCUUGUCGGUGCCUCUGGAUGUGGUAAGUCCACAACCAUCGCCCUGCUGGAACGAUUCUACAACCCUCUCGUGGGAGGCAUCUACGUCGACGGCAAAGAGAUCUCCUCAUUGAACGUCAACGCCUACCGAAACAAACUCGCCCUCGUGUCUCAAGAGCCUACUCUCUACCAAGGCACAAUCCGCGAGAACAUUCUCCUCGGAGCAGACAAAGCACCCGAAGACGUCCCCGAAGAAGCCAUCGUCCAAGCCUGCAAAGAUGCAAAUAUCUACGAAUUCAUCAUGUCUCUCCCAGAAGGCUUCGACACGGUUGUAGGAAGCAAAGGAAGCAUGCUUUCAGGUGGACAGAAACAACGUGUAGCAAUCGCUCGUGCCUUAUUGCGCGAUCCAAGAAUCCUUUUACUCGACGAGGCAACUUCCGCUCUCGACAGCGAAUCCGAGAAGAUCGUGCAAGCUGCACUAGACAAAGCUGCCAAAGGACGAACAACAAUCGCCGUAGCUCAUCGAUUGUCAACGAUCCAAAAGGCAGACAUGAUCUACGUGUUUGAUCAAGGGAAAAUUGUGGAAAAUGGAACGCAUAGCGAGUUGAUCGCGAAGAAGGGAAGGUAUUUUGAGCUUGUUAAUUUGCAGAGUCUUGGGAAACAUUAGAUGGAUUACACAGAACAUGGUAUUCGCGAUGAAGGAAUAAAAGGGGUGGCUUUGGUGAUUUUUACAUAAGCGAUGGCGCUGGGAAGGCGAAAGUGAUUUUCACAUAGAGAGACUAUUCGGCUCCUCCACUUUUAUGAGAUAUGACGAUCUGAAUAGACGGCAGUUGCCAAAAGAAGGUUUUCUACUACACGC